UAAUACUACUCCCCCUAUAUCCGAAUGCUGUGUGUGACUGCCUGCUUAGUGCUGACACGGAACCGGCAGGUUUCACGGGAAAGGGGAGGGGUGUCCUGCUUCAUUCUCCCUCAAACUCGGCGCAUCAGGGCGGAGGGGGCAGGAAUUUGAAAACCUGUAGUCAUUUCCUGUAGAGGUUCAUUUCCUGGUGAAGCCCUGGUUAUUAGCUGCUCUGUCCUUAUAUACAAUUCUCUGUAUGGGACCCGCUGUCACCCCCCUACCCUAUAGACUUGUGUGUUCCCAGCCUCUACGUCGGUGUUAUGAUGCUAAUCAUGCGCUCCCGGGCUGUGUGAGGUCUGUCCGUAUGUACGCACGUCUCUAUUCCCUGCACACUGAUCCGAGCUGUUGCCGGUGAAGCCGUGUCAUUGAUUGUUACAUUGAGAGCCAUUGAAUGAAAUAACUGGCUCCCCCAUUUGGAUCGCCCGCUGGAAGGAUUUGGGGUUUCGCAAAAACAUGAAGAAGUUUUUUGACUCCCGGCGUGAGCUUGGAGGAUCCGGUUCUGGAGUCGGUGGUGGUUUAUCCAGCGGCCUGGGGACUGGCUAUAUCGGCAGAGUGUUUAAUAUUGGCAGACAUCAGGUCACCGUGGAUGAGGUUCUGGCUGAAGGUGGAUUUGCACUUGUGUUUCUCGUUCGCACAAGCAAUGGGAUGCGCCGAGCACUUAAACGCAUGUAUGUGAACAAUGAACAUGACCUACAGGUGUGCAAGAGGGAAAUCCAAAUUAUGAGGGAUCUGUCUGGGCACAAGAACAUUGUAGGAUACAUGGAUUCCAGUAUUAAUUCCGUGAGCAGUGGGGAUGUGUGGGAAGUUCUCAUCCUAAUGGAUUUCUGUCGAGGGGGGCAAGUAGUGAACCUGAUGAACCAGCGGCUACAAACUGGUUUCACAGAGAGUGAAGUUCUCCAGAUCUUCUGUGACACAUGUGAGGCAGUGGCUCGUCUCCACCAGUGCAAGACUCCCAUCAUCCAUCGGGAUCUUAAGGUUGAGAACAUUUUACUACAUGAUCGUGGUCACUACGUUUUGUGCGACUUUGGAAGUGCAAUAAAUAAAUGGCAGAAUCCACAGACAGAGGGCGUCAAUGCCGUGGAAGAUGAGAUUAAAAAGUACACUACUCUCUCCUACCGGGCACCAGAGAUGGUGAAUCUGUACAGUGGCAAAAUGAUCACCACCAAAGCUGACAUCUGGGCCUUGGGCUGCUUGUUGUACAAGCUCUGCUUCUUCACACUUCCAUUUGGAGAGAGUCAGGUUUCCAUCUGUGAUGGGAAUUUCACUAUCCCGGACAACUCUCGCUACUCCCAGGACAUGCACUGCCUGAUCCGUUACAUGCUUGAGCCAGAUCCUGACAAGAGACCUGAUAUCUACCUAGUAUCCUAUUUCGCCUUCAAGCUUGCAAAAAGGGAGUGCCCUGUGCAGAAUGUGCAUGAUGCUGUGAUUCCUGCAAAGCUUCCUGAACCUAUAAAAGAUGGGGAGGCUGCUGCUAAGAAAACCCAACCUAAGGCCAGGUUGACAGACCCUGUUCCAACUACAGAGACAUCCAUAGCCCCUCGCCAGAGGCCGAAACCUGGUCAGCCUCAACCAAACCCUGGGAUGCUUCCAAUUCAGCCAGCUUUAACCCCACGUAAAAGAGCCACUGCUCUGCCAGCCAACCCCUCUCCAGUUGCACCAGUAAAUGUCCAGUCCCCUAACCCUGCUGCUGUGGCACCUGCCGUGAGACCAGCUGUACAGCCUCAGCCAAAAGCAGCACAGCCUAUGGCACAGGUUUCCACACCUGUAACCUCCACUCCACAGCCGACAACUCCACAGGCUCCUCAAGCUGCUGUGCAAUCUGCACUGGCCCAACAACAGCAGCUGUAUUUGAAACAGCAACUUAUGCAACAACAACAGCAGCAGGCAGCAGCUUAUUAUCAACAGCAACAGCAGAUGCUGCAAGCUCAACAGAUGCAGGCCAUGCAACAGCAGCAGAUGCUUCAGGCCUAUUACUUGCAGCAGCAACAACAGCAACAGCUAUUGGCCCAGCAUGUCGCUAUGCAACAGAAAGUGGCAACACCUAAACCAUCUUCUUUACCAAAUCCACAAGUCAUGCCAGCUUCUCUCCAGCCGCUUGCUGCUGCCCAGCCGACUGCAGCACAGGAACAGGGGCUGCCAGCUCCACUCAAGACCCCACAGAAGCCCCAGCCACCUACAGCACCUCCAUCUUCUGCACCACCCAUUGCAGCAGGACACAAACUAGGAUCCCUUACCCCUCCUUCAUCCCCCAAAACCCAAAGAGGUGGGCACCGAAGGAUUUUAAGUGAUGUUACACAUAGUGCUGUUUUUGGUGUCCCAGCAAGUAAAUCGACUCAACUUCUUCAGGCUGCUGCUGCUGAAGCAAAUCUCAACAAAUCAAAAUCAGCUACAACCACUCCUUCUGGCUCUCCUCGGACCUCCCAGCAGAAUGUCCACAACCCGCCAGAACCUUCUGGCUGGAAUCCCUUUGAUGAUGACAACUUUUCCAAACUCACCGCCGAGGAACUCCUAAAUAAGGAUUUUGCAAAGCUAGGAGAAAGUAAGCCAUCAGAACAGCUGAGCCGCUCGGCAGAAGAUCUCCUGUCUGGGUUUCCAGCUCCACCUGCUGUGUCACAGGCUGAUGCAUUUGGAAAUUUACUCUUUUCCAGCGGUUCAGCUGUAGAAAAACCUGUAGAUGCUCAGGGGCCCAGUCCUGGCUCUCAACUGCAAAAAACAUCUGAUUCUUUCUUGCCUCUCCCUCUGUCUGACACCCCAGAAAAAUUGAUUGAGGGUCUCAAAUCUCCAGAGCCCCAGCUUCUCCUACCUCAUCUUGUGCAGCUGGCAGAUCCCUUUGGGAGCACAACAGAGGAUGGAAAUGGAAAAUCAGAGCUGGCGGUGGAAAGCCUCAUUCCUGGGCUGGAGCCUCCAAUGCCCCAGCGACUUUCAUCCCAGGCAGACUCUGUUGCUUCAAACCGAACAGACUCCCUCACUGGGGAAGAUUCUCUUCUUGACUACUCUCUUCUCUCUAACCCUGCGGCUGAUCUUCUUGACGAGUUUGCUCCUGUAACACAUUCAGCUUCGGCUUCCACAGACAAUACUAACCUGCUAACGGGCUUUGAUAUCCCGGACGAUACAGAAAAAAGGGCUGAUGAUGAAUUUGAUCCUAUUCCAGUUCUGGUAUCCAAAAAUUCCCAAGGUACUCACUCUAGUAGCAGCAGUGGGAAUUCUGAGUCGAGCCUACCAAACAUGACCAUGUCUCUUCUGCUGGUGGAUCAGCUCAUAGACUUGUAAACUGCACACAUGCUAGUGAAAUCCUUCCCACCCCUCAGAGGAGUAACCCUGUGUAUAUAUAUACAUAUAAAAUAGUUAGAUGGGUAUAUAUAUGUACAUCUCUGUAUUUUUUAUUUGAUCCUUCUGUGCACAUCAGUGUAGUGUGGAUCUGCUAAGAAAACACUGGCUGACUAUGAAUACAUAUCCUUUACCAUCUUUGUCUUCUAUGAACUGCUUCCGUCUUUAAAAGAAUAGAGGGACCUGUGUUGUGGAAGGACUAAACCAAUUAGAUUGGUGGUGUUAUACGAGGGGGGGCCCAAAGAGGAUUACCGAUUCACCCCAGUGAUGGAGUUGCUGACACUCGCUCAGGGAUUGGCAGUCUUCGGCACUUCUGGUGGGGUCUUGCUAGCAUCUGUGGUUCCUCAACAACCAGACCACCGAAGGUUGCACUUGCUUUUUCCAUGUUUACAUAUUGGAUCCUUAAUAGUUCAUAUAGUGUAUGAAUAUGAAGAACAGAUGGUUGUUUUUACCUAAAAUAUAUGACGUAUACUUGUACAGGCUUAGAAUGGGCCUGUUCUCUACAACAGUUGCUAUGUAUGGUACAUAAAUUUAUAUAAAUAUAUAUAUCAACAUUUAUCUGGUAAUGGAGUAUGCACCAAAGAUCUGCCAUCGAUCAACCUCAGAUGAUUCCCCUUAAUACUCCAUAAAGUAGUUAUUUUUUAAACCCCAAAUUAGGGCAACAAUAGAGUGUCAGAGUAACAUCUCAAAAUGUCUUCAUUCAAUUGUUUUAUUUUUGCCUUUCUGAUGUAAAUAUUUAUCUGCUAGUAAAGAACCGCUUUCAAAUAUGCAUACCUCUAAUAUCAGAGUGCCGGUGGCCACUUUUGCUUCGUCUGCUUAGGUACAUUCAGGGUCCAUUAAACACAAAAGAGUAAAACUGUGAAACAAAAACGACUGAAUUAUAAUGUGUCUUAAGUUGAAAAAGGAUUUUUUUUAUAUCAAGAGUCUAUAUCAUGAUACACAAAAACUAUGAAACGUCCGCGAUGAUACUAGACAGAUGUCCUCUGUAUUCCGCACUGCACGUCCGAAUGUAACGUCUAUUGAAACCUAUUCAAGCCCAUUAUGGUUCAUAUUUAAACAGGUGAAUGUAAAAAAGGGACCGAAUUAAGGGAAUAAAAAAGAAAUUGUGACAGCAUAGCGUUGCGACAUUGUAUUUUCUCAGAUCAUCGCCUAUUUUAAGCAAAGGUACUGUAGGUUCCAUCUGUAACCAAUGCAUUUGUAGAGCAGCUCCCUGUUCUUGCUCUGUAUUCAUGUCACAAAGUGUUUCAUGCAAAAAAACCUUUCGUAUCAAAAACGUAAUCAAUAGAUCUUCCUGUGUUGACCGAUUUAUGCAGCCGCAUUGGUCCACAAAAAUAUCGUGAACCAAAGUCGAGUCCUGCACAGAUGCAGUAUGUGGAACAGUUGUAGCAUAGCAACAUUUAUUUCUGCUUCUGACCGUUAUGGUGCAAAUUCAACGGAAAACAGAUAUAAAAGUUUGUUGCGUUUGUCACGAGAAUGGAGCGCACCUUUUACCUUUGGCAAAAUCAAUGUCCGAUAUCUGUUUUAGUUCUGCUGUUGAAGCUGAAUAUUCCACUCUGCAUGUCGGGAUACCAGUGUAGCCCCAUCUAAAAAAAUUUUUUUUUAAAUAAAUAAGUAUUUAAAGCUGUGUUUGUGUUUAGCGUGUCCUGCAAGAAAAGCGUAUUCUCUGUUUGUGCAAAUGUCAGUAAGGAAGUCCCCGAUGUAAUCUGUAAAUUGUGCACAUCGAUCACAGGGUAUACGAAACCGUUAAGUUAGGCUUUCUUUGUCUUUCCAUGCCCCUCUACAAUGUGAUGGAUUUUACCGUCUGUAAAUAGAACUCUUUAUCUUCAGAGCGUGUGUGGGAGCUCCUAUGUACAACUGCUUUCUACCCGUGUUGAAUCCACCAAUUGUUUUUGUUCUUCUGUAAUGUAAGAAAAUGUGGUUUAUAAUUAAGAGCAAUUCUUAUCAGUGGGGGGGGGGGAGAAUUCCUUUAGUGAAGUGAUUGAUAGAAUUUUGACUUGUGUAUAUAUAAAUAUAUAAAUAUAUUUCUGUUAACUCCGUCCAUGAGCCUCCUCUGGUACAGAACCCGUCAGUUUUGUCCUUCCUAUAUUUCUCAGAGAAUACUAUGGAUAUGGAGAAUCUAUUCCCGUUAUGAUCUUUGAAACCUGCACAUUCCCCGAUUGUAUAGUAGAAACCAAUCUAUUUCUGUGAAUUAAAGUAUUUUAAAGA